AGUACAUCUAACGCCGCGGCCUAUUAUCGAUCUUAGUAAUCGGUUAAAGAUUUAAAAUCCAAAUCGUUCAAUUUAUCCGACGAUGUUGUUGUUUACAGUUGAUUUUUUAACUAUUUAUAACGUGUUUGCAAAGGAAUGAUGGUUCGAAAGAAAACAUCGAAUAACCUAGUAUAUUCUAAAAAUAUCAAGCCAAUUGCGCCGAUGACUUAAUGAUUGCUCGUAGUGUUAGUGAACUGAAAUGACUUUUCAUUUUGUACGCCGAAUAUAAAUAAAAAAAGAACUUUGAUUAUGGAGAAAUUGAAGUAGAAUAUUAUUAUGUAUUCGACACCGGAUCUACCACAACAAUGGUCCGUUCAUGCAGAAUUCACAAUAAAUCAUCCAGGCGUCGGAAAUCCUCAAAAUCCUCCGAAAACUGGUGCAAUUCAAGAUGAAAACGGCGUUCGUAUGUUAUAUUCUUGGACUUCCUCGGAACCCGCAACCACAACCUCACCUCCAACACAAAGUGUUAAAUCGGACACCAGAAGUUCUAAAACAUUUGAAACUGAUAGGCUGUAUGGGUUCCAAAAAGGUCGUCUGUUUUUCACAUCGACACCUCCUCCAAAACCUAUGUGUAAUUUAAACAUACCAGGACAAGAUUCAGCUUAUGGCAGUGAUGUUUUCUCUCCCACAUCUUGUAUAAGUUCGAAUUAUCACAGAAAAUGUAGGAGUACUUGCAACAUCGUACUAUCUUCCAAUAAAGGGAAACAUAAAGGGACGCCUUCAGAAGUUUCUAGCGGACAUUCAGUUUGUGGUAGGACGCAGAGUUUGAGAUGUCAGACACCAUCUGUUUGUUGCGAAAGAGAAGGAGACGGUUUUUAUGGUUGCGGUGAUCCGUGGUGUCAUCAUUUACAUUACAGUGAUGAAUUUUCGUCCGUUCGAAGAGUAUCGCCAGUCAAGGAACUGUGUGAGAAUGUUGGGAAUACUGCCGCGCAAGAUCAAUGCGGAGAAGCUGGUUGUUCCUUAUGUUGCCGAGAAUCGGAAACCAACCGAUCUAUAAAAAGGGACGUCUCCGUCCAAACUUACGAAAUGGUUAACAAAUGCACUUCGCCUCUAUCGCAAAUCGUCGAUAUGGAUAUGAAAACGAGUAAAUUAAAAAGAGGAAAAACUAUCGGUUAUAAUCGUAGCAGACAAUCUUCUAGAGAUUCAUCGUCAACGGUUUCCCGGAAACGAAAUAUUUUAGAGCAAAAUUCUUCAAAAGAAAAGCCAUCUCUAAACCAUGCAACACCUUCAAGAAGUUACGAUAAAAAAGGUUCUGGUAGUGAUUCGAAAUCUGGAGAUUCAUCAAAAAAACCACGCACUAUACACAUAGAUGUUUAUUGUACAGGUACAGAAAUAGAAUCCGAUAGUAGUUCAUCUUCGACAUCAUCAAGAAGUAAAACUGUAUCAACACCACAGACAGUAUUUGAAUCUAAAAAUAUGUGUAUAACUCACAAAAAUGCCGACGACAAAAUCAUACCGUAUCGAUUAAGGAAAUCUAAUAGUGACGUUAGAAAAUCGGCGUAUCAGUUAACUAAAACAAACAGUACAUCCAUGGAGAAAGAAGACUCUGAUAUCGAAGAUACGUCAAGUACUGCUUAUCCAUCAAAAAUGAGUUCGUAUUCUACAAUAGGUCAUUCCUUAUCUAGUGUGUCUAGUUUUCCGAAUUCUAUCACUCCAUUUACCAUGUCCAGCUGUACAGUACCAGAUUAUGAAUCUUCCAUUGGAAACACUUCUUGGAAAGAUACGUUUUCAGAUUUAGAUAGUUUGUUACACAGCAGAAGUAGCAUUCCUCAAAAUGACAGUUUAUACUUUGUACCCCAGAGAAUCGAAGAAGAAAGUUGCAGUAAAGAAGAAUCCUCCAAAAUUUCUGGUGUAACUGAUAGUGUGAAUUUACAUUUAAGUGAUAGCUUCGAUUACGCCGAUUCGGAAGAUAAAUUAAGAAUAAAAAGAAUGGAAAGAAUGUGGAAGCAUAGAACACAACAAGGGAUCAACUCAGAAUCAAAAAAUAAACUUUUACAACAACAAGAAAAUUUACAGGAAAUUGUCAAUAAAAGAUUGAGUCGUAUGAAUAUAUCCAAAUCGAAAGAUUCCGAUUCCGAUGCAAGCGACAAAUCUGAAAAGGGAUGGACAAUUUUAAAAGAAACUGCUUCAUCAAAUCCUAAAGAAAACACCAGCCAAUCACCAUUACAUAAAUCUCCAAGUGCGGUAAUAAUACAAGAAAGACUUAGUUUAGAUCCCUCUUUGGGAUCGCCGUUUACGAUAUAUCCAGGACAAUAUACCGAACCCAGGUUCAUUGCCAAAAAGUUUGGGUCUGUUGUAACAGUGUUUAAAAAACCCGGCCACCACAUUGGGCCCGCAAAAAAUCCCAAUUGUUCGUGCGAACAUUGUCGAAGAUAUUUCGAAAACUCUAAUUUUAGAAAUAGAACAUGUUCAUUAGGUGAUACACCGAGUACUCCAUUUUUUAACUGGAAAGGAUUAAAGAAGAGCGAUUGAAUUUUUUAUUUUGCGUAUGUGUGAAAUGUGUGCUUUUUUACAUUUUUUUUUCUUUCAAAUACCUACUAUUAAUUAAGACUGUGAUGCAAACGACUGUAAUUAAGAUAUUGAUAAGGUAAGUGUAUAUUAAAAUAUAUUUCAGAAGCUUAA